CUUUGUUUAGAACAAAGCGCUCAAGGCUCAAAGAGGGCUCUGCCAUUAGCAGCGUCUGUUUUAAAGAACCCCAAGGUUCAAGAAGCUGUUGUGGACAAAGGAUUGGAAGUGAUGAACAAAUUGGUUGACAAACAGCUCAAGAUCAUCGACGAAGCUCAGGAGAAAGCCUCAAACUUUUUAGCCAAAAACGUAAGUGCAUCUGCAAACUUAGGAGCUGAGACUGAAUAAAGAUGACUCUCCAUUAAAGAUUCUUCAUCGUUAUUACCAGAUUAAAUUGGACAUCAUGCCAGACAAAGGCUGGAGUACACCAGACAUGUUUGUACCCUCUGGAUACCACAUGGAGACGGCUCUUUCGGAAGUAGAAAAACCCGAAAAAGAGCAAGGAGAGGUUCCAUAUACUUAUGCACCCAAUACGGGUGUGGGAUAUGUCAUGAUGAAUGGCUGCUGGGGAACAAAUUAUACAGCCAGUGAUCCUUGCUAUAACGCGAAAUGGACUUCCAAUGUCUGUCAGGUAGGUGACCCUCAUAGGUGAAUGAUGUGUGGAAGGACGAAGCAGGCGCAGAUCCACACCGGUUUCCACCAUCGGUCAGAUUUUUAAUAAAUAAAUAUACUUUUAUAAAAACAAAAAUUUCAAGUAGAGAUCUGGCCAUAUCCACUCUGAAUGACCCAGAAACCCAGGAAAGGGGACUUGGAGAGUUAAAAUCCAAAAAAUUUCCCAAGGGGUAGCAUCACCGGACGCCCCUAGAAGCUUGCACCUUCGACGCUCGUUUAGGAACUCGGUCAGUAUUUAUCCUAGAUCCAUGCCUACGGAGAGAAGAACAUAUGAACUUCGCUGACGGCAAAAUUAUGUUGUGAAUAUGCCGACGGUAGUGGAGGAAAAAACAAUGGCAAUGUGGUGGUGUUAGUGGAGGGGAGGUAAGAAAAAAAAGUGGAGGAUAAAGAGCUAAUUUGCCUUGGAAAUCAUAUAAUAUGCACGAGAUGCCUGCCAAGAAUCAGUGAACCGGAACUGAAGCAACUUGUUGGACAAUAAAAACGGCAGGAAAUUGAACUUACACAAUUAACUUACGACUCAGUUAUUUUAAGUCACAUACGACUUGCGCUCAUUCCUUAGACAACAACAUGAAUCAACCAACUUUUUAAUUCUUUUCUUACUUUUUAGUCAACCACAAUCAAAACGCAAGACAUUCAACGACCCAGAAAUGACUAAAAAAUCUGUAUAUAUAAAACCACUUAAAAAUAGCACAUUACCUUAUCUUAAUGAAAUUCCGCCACGUGUUAUUCAUGAGAAGACAAAAGGCUAUGACGUCAUCGGCGUUGAUGUAUUCCGGCUCCCUUAAUGAAAUCCCUGCCCAAAAAAGGAGUUAAUUCUUUGCUCCCUAUACUACUAUCAUCGGCACUCAGAAGAGGAAGCGUAGGUCAGCUGUGAAGAACAAUUCAGGUUUUACAUUUUCUUGCAGAACAUGAUUGACGGAGCAGCCUUUCUAGGAGUUGGCUUUGAUGGUCGCGGAGAUUACAGUCCAGAGUCAAGAAAAAUGAGCAUUGUGCAGAGAAACUGUAAAAACAAGGCAACGUAAGUCUGAAUACAGUUCAUACACGAAAUGACUCCUUAGGUCCUGUCUGGGAAAAGUGCGGUGAGUAUCAAUAACAGAGUAUUUCAAAUAUUCAUAUCAAUUGAUUUAAUUAGAUGAAAUUUGAAUUGAUACUUUUAUGUCAAUUAUGUGGAGCCAAAAUGGAGGUCUUAUGGAUCAGACUGCAUGUGAUGCGACGAAUCCUUUUAGUGACAAAGUCAGUUGCCCUAUCCUUACAAAAAACAGUCAUCUAUCAAAUAAAUUUAAAGAUAAUUUCAUUUUUGACGCUCUUAAAGUGUCCAGUAGGGUGGAAGUGUGUAGGCUUUAUGUCAGCCACUCCGCACACUAUUAGAAAAUAUUAAUAUGAAUGAAUAAUUGUAGGUAUGACGAUUUCGAUGUGCCCGAUACCAUGAACGUCCAUGGAAUUUACGAUACCUCGGCUACUAUGCACACGUUUGAGAGCCGUGCAGAAUUUCAGCAAUAUUUGCAGAAAGAAGCUGGUGUAUCUGGGUCGUACUUCGGGUUUUAUGCAGGAGCAAAAAAGGCCUGGGGAAGCUCAACCUCGACUGCUGGACAGCAGUUUAUGUCUGUUUUGGAUAUUGAUGUAGACAGGUAAGUGACCGUUAGACUGAUGGCAGUAGAAUGAAUGAAUGAAUGAAUGAAUGAAGAGUCGUGGAUGAGAGGACAACAGACGUGCCCUCUUACGAUACAUUUUUAAGAUGUGAACAGUAAGCUUGGACGUCAGCAUACAAGGGCGCCACUGGCAGCCGCUCUCAGUCCAGUUAUGAGGCUACUGUACCCACCAGAUCCAUGAUGAGAAUGAUGUGAUUUGUGAAGGUUGACCACAACACCGGGGUCUACGUCACCUACUCUUUUCGAACAGUGGUGUUUUUUUUUUACGUCCGUCAAGAACCAGAUAAGUGUAAGUGCUCUGAGACGGGACCUACGACUUUUCGUCCUUCUCCGAAAAGACUACUAGAAAGUCUAAUCGUUUGCAGGUGUUGGUGCGGCCUGGGUUCGAAAUGAUGUUGAUCUUCAAAUUAUUAGACUGUGAAGGUUUUACUACGUCAGUCAUUCUGUUCUUUACGCAAGGGAAAGAGCCGAAAUUUUCUGAGAUGUAAGAUUGUAACUAAUGCGCACUUGUUGGCUUUUGUUUAUGCGGGGUAUUCCCUGCCGUGUAUUGACGUAUUCUAAACUUUCGCGUCUUUUUAAUGCGUGGUCCUUAUUCGAUACACCCAUAACCAGCGAUUGAACGUUUAGGUUGUCCUGAUUUAAACUCGCUCGUUCGGUUUCGUUUCCGUAACGACGUAUUCUCCAUAUGUUCACUUGUAGCCCUCUAAAAUUACCACGGUAUUAUUUUCCGUUCCAACGCCAGCGUUCUUUUUCAUAUUGAGAUUCCUAGUAGUAAUACAAAAUUAAAAUUUGACACGAUGACAUUAGUGGAUGCUUCAGCAUUUGAAUGAGGUUUAAAAACGAACUAGCUCUAGUUGAGCAUGCGUGUAAAAAUGGUCUCUCUUUCUUUCUUGGCAAUUGUGCACAGUGAAAUUGUUUUAAAUUUUGUUUUUUUUCCUGAAAAAUUUAAUAUGUUUGCUCUCUAAAAUGCAAAAAGUGUUUUUCGAUGGCGCAUUUGUGGAUAACGGCAUUUCGAUACUAGAACGCCCGACUACUUUAAAGUACGAAAUCGAAAAAGAAGUUUUCAUGGUAUUAUAUGAAAAUUAAUGGUCAAAAUAGAGAAAUAAACCUCUUUUUAACUAGUACUACACUUUAAUUAUCAUCAUUGUUAAUCAUUUCUAUUCUUGUGCUGCAUUAACCAAGGUAUGAAAUUUUCAUGGAUGAAGUUAAGCCGGAGGAUUUAAGCGUUGCAUUUCUGCGAGAAUUUAUGAAACUUCCAAGAUCAUACUUCGAUGCAAGAGCUCCAACAAAAUACCGUAAGUACCGGCAGAAAUAUUUAAAGAAAAGUAAAAGAACUCUCUGGUUCCUUUGAUAAUUCGGCCUGGCCUGAAGUAGACGUUCUCAUUACUUACUUUCUUGAAACGAAUCAGUGUAAAACCUCGACACGGUAACCUAGUUAGUCUUUAAAACUAGAAAUAUUUCGUCUCUUUGCUUGAAAAUUAUUGUUAUUAUAUUUAAUGUGACCAUGUUUUACUGAGUAAGCUGAGUAUAUCUACAAGUAAAACAACUGCCUUUCUUCUUUUGCUUUGUAAUAGAAAGUUUUAUUCAAAGAUGGGGAACCCAUUAUAUCAAAUCAGCGAGAUUUGGCGGAGAACUGGAAAUACGUAAGAGAAUGGACGCCAAGGAGGCAGGAUCUAAAACCCAGUUUUCCGAGAAAAUGGAAUUUGAAUAUAAGACUCUUUUUGCGAGUGUCGGUGCAAAGUAUACAAAUGAGGGAGGAGUGUCUGUAAGACAACAGACUAAAACAACUUCCACAGAGGUUGAAGCCAAAGGAGGAAGUCAAGAUAUAGCGUCCAUUCUGUCUGACAUCUACUCACCAACGUUUAAGACAGAAUUCAAAGAAUGGCUGCAGUCGAUUCCUAAGUACCCAAAGGCGUAUAAAUUUGUAAUGGGAAAAACUUCCGACCUGGUGAAUUUCCGGGCCAGUGAUUUGUUUCCAGAAGAGAAGGUGAGCAUUUGUUUUUGGAUUGAUUAGUUAAGAGUUGAUCAUUUAUCGCGAGCUUAUGAAACGCCGAAUAACGUUGGUGUCCUGUUUGGGGUUUCGCUUGACAAAAAGUUAAAAUUAAGUUUUGUUUUCAUACCUCCAGUACUCCUGUAUGACGUUGUCGAGACAGGCCACUGAAAGAGAGAAAAGAUCAACUUCAGGUUGCACAGAAUGUGAAAAUUCUUGCUGCUUAUCGCUUGUGAAUAAUACCUUAAUUUGUUUUGUCUUCAAAAGCAAGGUUUUAUAUCUAGUGUGUCUUCCCUCCCUACUUCCUGGCUGAGGAACUAAAACAUAGUCGACUUUGGGCGGUCCAUCUUACCGCGGACUUUUUCCUCCAGGUAAGCUACGGCUGCGAGGGGAAAGCGGCAGAAAUCGAGACUGACAAAGAUGGGCGUAAGUUCUAUUACACCUUUCCCAUUAAAGGAACGAAGAAGAAAGUUUAUUGCGAAUACGACAGCCGACAAAACCUGGAGACAGCAAUUAUGGACAAGAGGACAAGUUUAAAGAGAGCCAUUGAAAUCUACAUGGAGGAGGUAAUGCUGAUGUUGAUGUGAACCCAUAGUGUAUAUCAUUCGCUAAAACUAAAAUGUCUCUGUGCUUAAUUAAUGUUUAGGGGCCCGUUUCUCUAUCGGAUGUCCGUCUUGAAAAAUGUCCACCUGAUACAGUGACCAAUCCCACGACAAAACCUACUACCCAACCCGGACAGUCAGCAGACAAAUGGAUGAAUGAUAAAGUAGUGGUUCCCAAAUGGAAAGAGCUUAUCCGCGGUGACUCCACUUUUCAAGUAACAUUUGACAUGCUGAGUGAUCUAACAAACCCACUGCAUAUUGCUUUCAGUAUUCCAAAGGACAUGAGGAGGAAUGUUCGCUACAGGUACGUCUUUAAUAUUAGAAAAGCACGUUUUGACUUCAUUAAUUUAUUGUGCACACUUUUAAGCCUCAGAAGUACUGCAAAAAAUGUCUAAGGCCCGGUUCAGACGCCGAACUUUUCAUGAGCUGAACCUAAUUCGAAAUAAGGCUGACUCAAUGGGCUGAAUUGAUAUCAGACACCAAUCUUAAUUCCAGCUGAACAAAAUUCAAGAGGAGGAAAAUGUUAAUUUCGAUAAAACUGCUUGCAAAAUUCUUUUCAUAAAUAAAUAAUUUAUACAUUAGGUUCGGGACAUGAAAACAGCUUGAAAAGUUCGGCGUCUGAAUCAAAGUCGCUCCAAAGUCGAAAUUCCGGCUAGGCGGGAAAAACGGGUGAGCCGUUCCAAAUUGAAAUAGGUGUUCCUGAUUGAUUCAGACGCCUAACCUUUCAUGUACUUAAUUCAAUGCAUACUUUCGGGUUGUGAAAAGUUCGGCAUCUGAACCGGGUCUAAUGUCACUUUCCAUAACCAUUUUAUCUUGAGGGCGAAAGGUGCAAAAAGACCGACCCAUAGCCAGAAUAAUAAGCCUAAGCGUAUCGAGAAAAAUAUUUUCCACACGCGUAUGACUCAUGAUCACUCAGUCAGACAUGGGGAAAAACUGAAAUACUCCAGUGCCCCUAUGGAUAUCAGCAAUAUGUACAGCGUAUACAAGUUCUUGACCAAGAUAGCUGGAUAUUCGCCAAUUUCAAUUCUUUCUUUUUGGCUGUCUUAUGGAUGGAGACCAUUUAAGAACGCAAAAAAGAGACCAAUAUUCACUGAACAAAUUUGGUCAAUAUAAAAUAUUCAUAAUAAGGCCAAACGAACGUUUUUUUUCUUGAGGAGCUUAAGCGGGAAAUCCUGCAAAAGGGCGAGACAGGACCAUCUUUCCCGCUUGGGUUGUAGCUCAUCAGAACACAGGUUUCGAAUCAUCUCAACACUCGCGGAACCAAACCAUAUGAUAAAGCUUAGAGUGUAUUAACUACUUAGCUUAACUUGAUGAGGUUUUCAAUCUCCUCUUUCCUCCUCAUCCCCACUCUGAACACCAUGUUGUAUUUAAUUGUCACUCAAAAGAUACGUGUAGAAGGAGGAAAAAAGGUCACUGAAAAAUUAAACAUGAUUGAUUAGAAGGAAAGAGAUUGGCGGACGGAGAAAUCUGUAGAGUUUGGUGCCAUCUAAGUAAAGCCCAUUGGAAAAUUUCAAAACAGAACUUUACAAGUAUUUCAUAUCUAUAUUUUCUUAAGGGAUGGUGAAUGGUACACAAGUGACGGUAAUAACACAUUUCACCUGUAUAGCGGUUUCAGUGGUUCGACAAAUUACCACCGAAAACGUAAAAUGUCUAUAUUUGGAUUGAAUUUAUCCUACAACGAAAAGAAAGGGUUUUUAUAUCUUGCUGAAGAAGAUUACAAAUCAUCAAAGAAAGUGUUUCCUACAUUGCCAACUGACUUGAUUGGAAUACCAUUAGCACGGGUGGAAUCAGUAAGCCGAGACGAGCAUGCUAGCAAGAGAAGCGGGUCUUCCGCCGCACCCAGUAUAGGGGUACCUUGCCACGCCGAAUGGUCCAAUGUCCUCCGUAUAGACUUGGAAGACAUGCAAGGGCAAUGUCUUCACUUUACUGCAGCGUCUAGUGGAACGAUAUACGUGGUGUUCAGUGCUUCACCAAAAAACUUCCAAGCACGUUAUGUCGUGGAAAUUUCCACAAAAAAGGUUGUCAUCUUUAAGGUAUGUUGAAAAGUGUUUUUUUUGUUUUUGAAAGAGUUAGCAAAAGGUAUAAAAUUAAAGAAAUCAUUUGGUUUUGAAAUGAAUCCUCCAUAUUUUUGAUUCAGCUAAAAGAGGAUGGCCAUGGGCUCAUUUCUUCCCCACUAUACUACUAAUAUAUUCCUUGUAAGACCCUCAUGUGACGUCUUUACUGCGCGCCAUUAGCUCAAGUUGAAAGGAAGAGGUUAUCUGGAGGCAACAAAGCUAAUUGUAUGAAUUCAAAGUGAAUACAGUGUAUAUGAUAUUUAAGUCGUAUAUUGAACUGCGGGAGAAACAUUUUUUCUAUAAACUGUUUCAGUGUGAUGAUCUUUCAUUUGCUAAAGCUUUCUUCCGCAGUUCAAGUGUAGCAGAUUUCAUAAAUUCACUUUAAUUUAUAUUUUAAUCUUCUACGGAUAUGUCACGGAAUUCGAAGUAUCGACCCCGCUCCCUGCUGGCUUGAAAGCUCAGUGGUUAGGUGCACUGCAUCGGUAUCGCAGAGGUCAUGGGCCGGGUUCGAAUCUCUUUCAAGCCUUAUGUGUUUAGGCUUUCCUUAUUGUGUACAUUAAACUGCGAUGAUCAUUUAAUUGUUAAAAUAGUUUUCGUUAGCAAUAGUCAGUUUAAGCUACAAGCAUUUUAUGUGCUGGUGUAGGGUGAAGAGGCAGCGUCUGACUCACCAUCCAUUACCGAUGUAAAUGCUAUGGCCAUUGGGGAAGGCGUUAUUUUCGAGUCUUACUUUGUGUGCAUCACCAUUUCUGGUAAAAACACGUUGAUCGAGUACGGCAAGAACCAAGGUACCAGGGACGCUGGAAACGUCUAUCUUUACCUGAUAGACAACGACAGAAAUUUUGAUGUAAGGUUUUAUGCUUUUGGAAACAAGGACGAGCCAGUCAAUAUCAUGGACGCUCACAUAGUCUCGCAUAAUCGAACGGAUAUCCAGUGCAAGGGGGAUACCAAGAAAGACGAAAUCGAAAAUCUGUGUGCAAAGAAUUGUCACAGAACCUGCAAUCCCGUGGCAGGUUGGUAGGAUUUUAAAUUGGUAUAAUCUUCACAUUAGACACCUGUUUCGCAAAAUUUCAAUUUACUUUGCCAUGUUUCUUUACAUAUAUUGCUAAAGAAUUAUUGAUACUGGCAGAGUCUCGCUUUGGGUGAGCUCUGCAGGCUCGGACCCAAAUAAUGGCGUAUUGAUUUGGGGAUGAAUUAGGCCUCAGAAGUGGCCGUUUAUUCAAUUUAAAAAAACGGCAAAUAUUCCAGAUACACAAGAAUUUUACACAAGCAAGGGUGAUGGAGAGCACAUCCGCCGUCCCACUAGGACAAAUAAGAACCAAAGGGAGGGGGAGGGAGGGAAAAUCUUAUUAAUCUUCCUUCAUGUGACAGUGAGCAGAAGGGUCAUGCGCCUAUAGCUUUCACGACUUAAGAAUAACCCCGAACAUGAAAUACAUUAAGAACCAGUCACAGGAAGCAAAAAAUCAUUUCCUUCUUUGGAAAGAAAAUUCUUUUAAGAUCAACAAAAACAAGCGAAAGCCCCGGCACUUUCAUUUCGUUUCCCUUCGUAAGGUUAUUAUUGUGACUUCUACGUGACUUCUACCUUAAACCUCAUUAUGAAUUUUUUAAAAUUGUAAAAAGUGGUUUAAUCUAAGUAUCUCUAUUGCUUUCCCCGCCCCCACCCUUCCCACAGUUCUCAGAGAUUUGACGAAAGGCUCUUGCUUUGACCUUUUAUUUUAAAUAAUAUUUAGGUUGCAAAGCACCGGACAAUGAUGAACAGUGCAACGCAUGUAGAGUUGUUAAGGCAGCAGGGAGCUCGAGAUGUCUUGACGAAUGCCCGGCAACAUCUAUGAUAAACAAAAAACGGGAAUGUGUUCGUAAGUGUAUUGACUUACAGUAGAUUCAAAAUGUAAACGUCACGAUAUCCGAGGGAACUAGUAGGAUGCUGAUGUACAGGUUCCCCAGACGUUGCAAACCAGCAAUUCGCUUUGAAUGUGUGUUCUUAAGAUGCCAGGAAGCGUUUCCACUUCAGUACUUUAUUGUGAUCUUCUCGUCUUAAUUCUUAUCAUUGAAGCCUCGCAAUUUUUUUUAAAGUCAGCCCAACUAUAAUCCCAACUAUGAUCAGGCCUUUUCCAUCAGACUUAAAUGUGUUACUUGAAAGUGGAAACACGCGUAAAUCCUGCAAUAUGCAGCAAAGUAAUUAACUGGCCUUUUAAAACUUUUUUAGCAUCUUAUGAAGGGAAAGUAGAAGUAGGCACUGGAACUCCAAUUGAGGUGAGAGAUAUCUCGAUCGGGGAUGAACUCAGCACAUGCAUGUGGCUAAAGCUUUCAGAAGGAACAUGGAAAAAAGAUAACCACAUGGCAUUUCCGGUUUGGCUGGAGAUGCAGGGAAUGAACAUGCUCACUUCCUUAACUGGGGAAGGUGACAGUCUUUACUUCCUGUACGUACAUGGUGGCAUAAAUAAAAGGUAAUCAACAACUGAGUUUCUUUAACUUUUGGAGCCUCCAAAUUCAAAAUUUACCAUAUAUAGUUUCGUAGGGAUAUUGUCAUGCUUUAUGUGACACAUUUGUUCGGUUAGUCUUAGCAUAGUCGAUGUCAGGUGCAUGCCAAAUGUCACAAUUCUCCACAUCUAGCUAACAUUUUACACAUUUAUUCCCAAUGUAUUGCGCACCUUAUGCUCCCAAAAAUGACUUUGUAGAGCAAAACAGAAGAGACUGACGUUUUGGAGAAUGGCAUGGUUCUUACUUUGCAAGGAUAAGAAAAGCUCACUUAAUUUCUCGAUAUGGAGAUAAAAUUUACUUGGCAAUGCGUUCUUCACUUUGUUAUUCUUGUUAUCUCAUAGCACGGACUUUUCUGGUAAAUUCCUUACAUUAUAUUAACGGCUCAACGUUCUCAUAAUUUGUUUGAAUUAAGGCUGAACGUCGAUGUAUUAAAGGAUAAACUAUGGCAUCAAAUCUGCAUUUUAUGGUCAAGUAAGACAGCUGUCUGGUCGAUAUAUUUUGACGGAGAGAGGGAAGCCUACGGCAUUUAUAACGACUUUAUAGGACGAAGAAUUGGAAAGUUUAAGUACGGAGAGGCUUUGUCGUUAAAUAAAAUGCGUAUGACCCAGGUCAAUCUUUGGAACCGCGUUCUCACAAAUCAAGAAAUCGCAACCUUCGCAAAAACAUGCAACCAGGGAAUAGGUGACCUUGUUUCCUGGGCUGAUCUGUAUGACGAGACAAAGUCAAGCAGGUACUCCAAGCCGUCCACCUGCAAAGCAGUUCCCGAGGCUUUAUCAACCACCGCCACGCCUGUGACAAAAAAACCAACCACCGAACCCACAACUGCAAAAGCCACAACAACUGAGCCAGCAUCCAGGUAA